UCAAACCCGGCCAGUCGUGUCGUUCGGCCCAGCUUUCGUAAUGAGUUCGUGGAAAAACCACUGGGUUUACUGGGCAGGACCUAUGGGCGGAGCCUUUCUUGCUGGCCUCGUAUACGAGCUGCUGUUCGAUCCAAAGAGGAACUUCAAGAACACCGAUGACUUGCUGAAGGAGUCAGACAGAGACGCACUGGCGGCGGCGGCGGCGAAGAACGUGAACUACAUGCGGCGCAGUCACAGCGCUCAGUCACACGCCACCGUCAGCACGCUCAUGCAGCCGGCGUCUGCCACGAGCACGAUGCAGCGUCUGCGCACGUUCGAGCGCUACGGACGCGACAACAUCGCCUACGACGCCGCCAGCGUCUGCCCGAGCAACAUCGAACUCGCCGAGGCGAUGACGCCGCGUGGCGGCGCCACCGGCGACCUCGCCGCGGACGAGGACAGCCGCAGCGGUUGCCAUAGCAGCGCGUAUUCGAGCUCGAGCGGCGUCUGCGUGUAGCGCCACCUGCCGGCCGCCGCGGGAGUUAGUGCGGCGACGUCGAUGUCCCGGGGCGAGCGGCGUUUGCGUGUGGCGCCACCUGUAGGCUACUGCGCGAGUUGCCGCGAUGACGUCGAUGCGUGGGCAAGCGGCGUCUACGUGUAGCGCCACCUGUGUGCCGCAUCGUGAACUAACAGUUGCGUAUUUGCUGAGAAUAAUAUGUAUACUCAUACGCUCAUCAGCGUCCAACCUAGCUAGGAAGACAUUUACCUGUGCCGCAAGCUUUCCCAGCUGUAGGCAUUAAUGUCGAUCUGUGUUUACCCGAGGUAGCUUUGCCAGUGCACGGUCUCAACCUGACCCAACGGGGCAGUGUACACAGAUUUCCAGUGUCCGUGUAUGUUGGCUAUAUGCUGCCAUGCUACCUGCUUAGCAUAUCUGUGAAUAUUACAUCGAGCAAGGCAGGGAAUUGCAGGCCUGCGGAAAUGUAUAAUAAGAAUGAGUGCAUUUUACCUGAAUUUAUAUUUAAUUGAAUUUUAUUUCGGCUUGUGAAGACGCGUGAGUGGUUUUAUUAAAGUUAGCCGUUGCCUAAAUAUUUGAUGUUUAAUAUGUUAUAAAUAUUAAAGGUUAAAUAUAGUCAAUAUUUCCUUCACGUAAUAGUUACAGUCGUGUUACACAUAACCUAUAUUGUAAUUAUAUAACAGUUAUAUAAUAGUUACAGUCGUGUUACACAUAACCUAUAUUGUAAUUAUAUAACAGUUAUAUUACCGGAAUAAAAUUUCCAGUAUUGUAAAUAUA